AGGGAUUUGUUAAGAAUGACGUGUGUGGAUGGUCCACUUUUGAUGAGUAAAUUUGAAGCAGUGUAGGUCGCUGCAGUGAUGUCAGACAACGCAGACGAUGCCCUGGUUCUCCUGGAGAUCCUCGAGGUUCUGGGUGCAUGCCGUGCACGUGUGUCGUACGCAGACGUGUGCGUGUAUCUGAGUGGACGUUAUGAGCUCCAACCGCUGUUGGAGCUGCGGAGUCUGCUGUACUCCACGGCAUGCCGUGAUCCGUGCUUCCCGGCCACUCUGUUCCGUGAACGUCUGCACCCUCCCUGCAGCAACCGUCUCUCUGCGGCCGCCGACGUCGUCUCGCUCUUCAACCUGCUCACACACACACGCCUGCCGCCCUCACACACUAAUUCCCUGACCUCCUGCUUCGCCUGCGUUCAAGAGCGUGUACGCUGUGAUUGGCUGCACGCAGAGGGUGGAGUUAUAGCUCCAGGCUGUAAAUAUGAGGACUCCACGGAGGCACUGAUCAGUCUGAACACCGGGGGGUCGCACGUCAACACUCCAGCACGCUUGCUCGCCCACACGCAUCAGCAGCACAACAUGCAGAGAGCACACUCUCUGGACAUUCCUUGUGGUUCCACCGGGAAUCAAGAGUCUACCGGAAAGAGUGAUCGAGAUGUGGAUCUCGUUCAAAGCUGCAUUCAGAAGAGGAGCAUCUUUAAGAAGGAGUUCCACAAACUGAUACCGUUUAUUCCCACAGACGGCAACAAUCAGAUUCAGGAAGGAUCCAGAGAGGACAGUGAGGACGGACAAUUUAUCACCUGCAACAACCCUUAUCCUGAAUCAGCCCAGGAUGGGCAUACAGAAGAUGUUCAGAGGCAGUCUUCUGAAACAGAUACACCCCCCGAUGCACAGACUCCCUACCUCCAGAAGCAUAAGAGUCUAGACGACCUGCAGAGCUCCACUUACUUUGGGCCUACAGUCAUAGAAAGGACAUACCACCAAACCCCAGCCUUGACGGCCAAGAGCCACAGUCUGGACAUCGACAGUGGCCUUUCAGAACCGUCUGAGCAUGACAAACCUGGAUUGGACAGAUCAAAACCCCAGAGACCUAGAUCAGAAAAAUCUGCUUUAGACAAAUCUGGACUUACAAAACCUGGAUUUAAUAAACCCAGCUUCGAGGGCAGCAGUUUCGACAUCCCUGGGUUUGACCCGUUUAUCGUCCGAUCAGUUCGAGACACCCUGAAGCGGCUGAGUGGGCUAAGUUUGGAUGCCUGGUACGAUUGGUCACCUGACGCAGAGGGCGUGGUCAGCGUGGCCACUCAGACAGACCAGGGCGAUCGUCGUGCUCUGAGGAGCCUCCUGCUCAGUGAAAAGCUCUCGAUCGAUAACACGGACAUCGCAGAGGAUGACAUCAGUGCCAUCUUCCGCUUUUUGGAUGACAUUAGCAUGUGUGGCUCGAUGGCCGUCCUGCCUGGAGACGGAGGAGGACCUCAGGAAGGGGGCGGAGCAGGGUUGCCGGAGCGACGGGAGCGUUUAGGGAAGCUCAGACGCCUGUUUCACUCUCUCGAGGGACCAGAAGAAGGUGUGCGAUGGGGCGUUGGACGGCUCCUGCAGCGUGUCACCGAGCUGGAGCAGCGUCUGGAGCCGAUCUCGGAGCUGAGAGAGCAGCUGGCGCUCGUCCUCACCACACUGAACCGGCUGGAGCAAAGAGGGCAACUUGAGCACUCAAACUCCGACCCUGUCCAACAGCAGCCUCCGCCGCGGGCUCAGUCAGACGGGGGCCUGAGAGCCAGUUCGAGUUCCGAGGCGGCCGACGGAGCCGCGGCUAAACGCAGAGGUCUGUUCAUACGCAAUUCCAGGAGCCACACGGAGAGCAGCAGCUCUGAGCAGCAUCGCGAGUGGAGCGUCAGCUACAGCAAGGAGCAACACCUGCAUCCUUCACAUGCUGAGCUUCAUGGUGCACUUUGUAAGAAAGAGAACCAUCCAGUUCAGGAGAGAAAGAGUUCCAUUUUCAUUCCUGAAGUCCACAAGGUUCCUCAACGCAGCUCCACGCAGAAGGCUAACCUCCACCCAACGGACCGGCCGAAAGUUUCCUGGAGUCAGUCAGAGCUCACACCACUGGACCUGCAGGCCCCUGAGUCUCUGGACUUCUGGAUGGAUGAGGUUUACACUCCGGUGUCGGACACACUCCUGCGCCGCUCGCAGUCUCUAACACGCUGCAGCCGGAUGCAGGGAUACCGCAUCACCGCCAUCAGCGUCACUGCCACCGUCAUCCUCAUCCUCAUCAUCGUCAUCCCUAUAUGCACUGCGUAAAAGCACACAUAAGCAGUAAUGUCUAAACACACACACACACACACAUGCACGAGCACACACACACAUGCACGAGCACACUCACACAUUUAACCUAACUCACUCUGUUAGUCUGGAUGGCAUUGUGUUUUAUUCACUUUAGUUUUUAAGCA